AUGUCACAAGACCUACUGAGUGAAUUCGCAGAAUUCUCCUCCUCCUACUCCUCCCCCAAACCCUCUGCUCCCACCAUACCAAACUCCAGGGCACCACCCAACAGCCGCCGCUUCACCUCCGCAGACCCCCUCGGCCUCGACCUGACCUCUUCUGCCCCUCUUCCACAGCACGCCCCGCUCCACAAUGUCCCCCUGGUACGAACCGGCUCCCACGGCCACCAGCACCGAGCAUCCGCGACGAAUUUCGACGACCUCCUUGCAUACGUCAACAACCCGCAAGCACCAUGGCCCCCAAAGCCGCACCACAUGUCGAGGCUAGGCCACACCCCGAGACAGAUGUCCUACCAUGGCCCUCUGCCGAACCCAAAGAAGAUCGAUCUCUUUGAAGCUCUGGGGAACGAUUUUUCGGGGAGUGAUGGGAGGGGUGGGAGGUUCACACCCCCACCACCGAGGUCGUCCAGCAGGAAUGGGCACAGCAUCAGUCGGAAGACGACCCCGGUAUCACAUCAGGGAGGUAGCACGAACGGAUCUGCGUAUGGAAGCUUCUCGGCGCCUACGCCGCCGCCAGACCUACUAGACCUCAUGGACAGCGACAAGCUCGAGUGCGAGGCAGAGGACGAUUUCGGGGACUUUGCGUCUGCGACGACAAGUGCUCCGAAGAAACCGUCAAUUCCGGCGCUGACACCCAUGCAAGCUCUAUCACCGACGCCAGCAGCUACUAGUACGGCGCCUGGUACACCGAACUCGGGCUCGUCGGGGAAUCAUACGCCAAAGAAUAGUUUUUCGGGAGUGCAGCAGUAUGGCAAUGGGCUACGGAAUAACACGCCGCCACCGAGCUCAAUGUCGGGGUUUAGCUUCCCGGCGGUCAACAAUGCCCCCAAGGACAGCUUCGCGGGACUACAGAGCUUAAAUCCAGCGCGGAAUAGCAUUGGCACGCCCCCUCCAGCGUCACUAUCAGGGUUCAGUUUCCCUUCGACUGCAGCAGCUACACCGCCGAGAAAUGGCCUGCCAGUACUACAGACAGGUGGCAAUUACCGCAACAGCAUGAGCAAUUCAGUUGCUCCACCGACGCCUCCAAAGCCGACAAACCAGCUCUUGACGAAGCUCGCUACCCCAACGCUGAUGGACGACGAUGACGACUUUGGCGACUUUAUCUCGUCCCCCGUCGUCUCUGCGCCACCGAAGAACGUCUUCAACACUCCACCACCUGCCACCAAAAGCUUCAGCAGCCCGCCGCGAACACAUGCCAGCCGUCCCAGUAUCACGUUGAAGAACUUUGCGCCCACGCACCUCUCGCCACCCCGGAAACUAGUACAAGAAGAAGACCCAAUGCCACCAGUAGCGGUCCUGCUAACAGCAUUCCCACCACUGUUUCUACUACCACAGACCCACCUCCUCGACAAGCUCACCGCGCUCCCGUUCCCUCUGCGACAACGCGUCCUCUCGCACCCCAAGUCUCGCGAUUUCCUCGAAGGCACCUGCGAACUCGGGCGGGUGGCGGGGCGCAUCAUCGCCGGCCGCAAGCGGCGGCCCAAGACUGUCGGCCGCGGGCGUGCAGGCAGCGGUGGGAUGAAGCUAGCGGGCGGUACCAAUUCGGGGUGGGAACAGCAGAAGGAGGAGCGUGAGGUCAAGGAGACGUGUCGGCUGUGGGGCGACGGUGCCGGGCGACUGAAGGCCGCAAUGGGAGCGGGAGUUCCCGAGGUGACGGAUGAGGUCGGACGCAUGCCUGCUAAGGUAGUCGGCGGGUGCAAGCUGUGUGGGCUGGCGAAGAGCGAGGUGCUGCCGGGGCUGAAGGAGCGGACGGAGAGGCUGGGGUGGUGGGAUGCGGGGUGGGGCGGGCAUGGCGGGUGUAGGGGGUUUUGGGAGAAGCAUGGGAAGACGCUGAAGGGUUGA